AUGCAAAACGCUCUUGGCCGCUCUAAGGAGAGCAACUCCUCCAAAAAUGCAUCAGGAAAGUUGACCCAUGGUGAGCGAUUUCUCCCGGAGAAAAAACGUGAUAGCAAAACUGAACAGAAAAUCAAAGAGAGCUUGAAAGGAGAUGGAAAAUUCGACUUAUCCAACAACGUUUACAGCUCUUCCGGUUAUAGUCAACGUUUGGCUGACUUGGGAGAAGAUCCUUUGAGUUCUGUUCGCACUCUGCGAAGUUACUUGAAGAAACGUUCCGUUGAAUGGAACUUAGAAGAUAGACCUGUAGCCGAAACUUUAUGUCGGUCUGCCUGUGAACAGCUGGACGAAGCUGAAGGUCAUCUCAUGAAACUUCACGGAAAGAGAUCGGAGGCUAUACUAAUAGGUGAAGUCGCCUUAGCUGAGCAAAUCAAAACAGAAAUGGAAAAAUACAAAGAAGAAGUCAUCCGUUCUACUCUAUCAGAUCUGGUCAUAGACUCUGCCGAGAUGAAAGCUUUCGGUGUUGACUCUGCUUGGACACCGGAUCAAAGCUAUUGUCCCCCGCCAAGUAACAUAGCAACACCCGCAAAACGUGAUUCGAAACAAAAAUCUGUCAAAGGUCCUCCAUAUCUGCAAAGAUCUGAGAGGUUCAAGCCUAGAACUGCUGUUCUCCCUAAAAACACCGAGCAGUUCAGGAAUUCAGACGAUUCACCUCCCGAUAUGAGCGGAAAAAACUAUGACCAGCAUGAAGUUCGUCGGAAUGAUCGUCUAUCGGAUCUUAUGAGUAACACUACAUUCUUCAACGAGCCUCGUAUAGAUAAUCCUUACGAUAUUCCAAGAGAGUCCAUUCGACCAAGUGCACCUAUCUACCCUUCUUAUACCCCUAAUACCAAUCUGUAUGGCUACGACUCUUCUUCUUCUUUGAUGUCAAGUAAACCUUCAGCAAAUGGUUCAUGCUCCUAUUGUGGAUACACUGGAUUUCAUUUGAUGUCACCUGAAGGUUUGAGAGAUCAUCAUAAACGGGAAUGCAAAAUCAUGAACUUAUGUCGAUUCUGUCAGAAAAUAGUCCUGGUUCCCCAACUGACCGAUCAUCUUAUCAAUAGAUGUUCAUUCCUCCAAGAUCGUAUGACCAGAUGCAUAAAAUGCAACUUGUCUGCCGAUAAGAUUGAUCAAGACCUUGGUUUAAAACAUCCCUUAUGCAGAGGAACACCACCUCCAAACGGAGCUGUCUGGUGCCCUUUAUGCGCCAUAGCAGUUACAGACAAUCCAGAGAGUUGGAGAGAACAUCUUACAUCGAAGUGUUAUGUCAAUCCUAGAAAAAAUGGGCCGGAAAACAUUCCGGAAAGAUCUGACUUAGAAAACUCGCGAAACCAACAAACCAAUUUGAAUGGCAGGUUCAUUGAUGCCGAUAAGUUAGUAGCGGCAUUGCAGGUAACUAACCCACGAGAUGAGUGA